AUGAUCAAAACGGAAUUGAUUGAUUCGAUGAAAUAUCUUCCCAAAAAUGUAAUAAAAGAUAUUUUAAAUAUUAUUCCAUAUAAUAAUCGCUUUACAAAGUCAUAUUUAUCUCUUGCCAAACUCAUAUCUGAUGAAUAUCUUGUCAAAGAUGUCAAUAAUGUCAUAAGUAUUUCAAACUUCCUAUUUUAUAAAGAAUAUGGAAUUAAAUUAGACAAGUCUGGUGAUUUCGAAAAAAAUAAAUUAAGAAAAUUGAAAGUUCACACAGAAGAUACAAUUUACAGAGCAAUUAUGAAUAAUGACAAAGAAAGAUUCAUCAUAUUCACAGAAAGAGAAGGUUUUAAUAAAAAUCAACUACUUAAGAGCGAUUUAUAUCCAUAUACUAAGUACGGAUAUUCAUUGCUUGAAUUAUGUUGUUAUCAUGGAGCGGUUGAUUGUUUCAAGUUAUUAAGAACGAAAUUUAACUCAGAAAUCACUCAUGAAUGUAUUGAAUUAUCAUUUUUAGGAGGAAAUCAAGAGAUCAUGAGUAAAUGUUUGAAAUACCAAAAACCAUCUAAAGAAUGCAUGAAAUAUGCAAUUAUUUCACAUAACAUUGAUUUUGUUACAUUCUUGAUGAAUGAGUACAAUAUAAAGAUCGAUUUAGAAUACUGUGAAAUUUACAAGAAUCUUGAAUCAUUUUUAGUUUAUUUCGAUCAAACUAAUGACAUUAACCAAUGCUUUGUUUAUUCAGUGAUGUUUAAUAUUCCGUCCCUUUUAGAUCAUUUCCUUUCAUUUGAUGCAAAUAUCAAUGAUAAAGAUAAAGAUGGAGAAACCGCUCUUCAUAUGGUAACAAGGAAAAAUAGUAAAGAAAUGGCCGAACUUCUUAUUUCGCAUGGUGCAAAUAUCAAUGAAAAAGAUGAAAAAGGAAGAACUGCACUUCAUAUCGCAGCAAGGAAAAAUAGUAAAGAAACAGCCGAACUUCUUAUUUCACAUGAUGCAAAUGUUAAUGCAAAAGAUAAAUAUGGAAGAACUGUUCUUUUAUUUGCAGUAAGGAAAAAUAGUAAAGAAACAGCCGAACUUCUUAUUUCACAUGGUGCAAAUAUCAAUGAAAAAAAUCCAUAUGGAAAAACCGCCCUUCAUGAGGCAGCAUGA